AUGUUGGACACUCGAGACUCCCAUAACUCUGGAGACUCAUAUAACUCUGAAGACUCCUAUAAAUCUGGAGACUCCCAUAACUCUGGAGACUCCUAUAAAUCUGUAGACUCCCAUAACUCUGGAGACUCCUAUAAGUCUGGAGACUCCUAUAACUCUGGAGACUCCCAUAAACCUGGAAACUUCCAUAAGUCUGGAGACUCCCAUAAAUCUGGAGACUCCCAUAACUCUGGAGACUCCAAUAACUCUGGAGACUCCAAUAACUCUGGAGACUCCCAUAACUCUGGAGACUCCCAUAACUCUGGAGACUCCCAUAAACCUGGAAACUUCCAUAAGUCUGGAGACUCCCAUAAAUCUAGAGACUCCCAUAACUCUGGAGACUCCCAUAAAUCUGGAGACUCCCAUAAGUCUGGAGACUCCCAUAAAUCUGGAGACUCCCAUAAAUCUAGAGACUCCCAUAAAUCUAGAGACUCCCAUAACUCUGGAGACUCCCAUAAACCUGGAAACUUCCAUAAGUCUGGAGACUCCCAUAAAUCUAGAGACUCCCAUAACUCUGGAGACUCCUAUAAGUCUGGAGACUCCCAUAAGUCUGGAGACUCCCAUAAGUCUGGAGACUCCCAUAAAUCUGGAGACUCCCAUAAGUCUGGAGACUCCCAUAAGUCUGGAGACUCCCAUAACUCUGGAGACUCCCAUAAAUCUGGAAACUUCCAUAAGUCUGGAGACUCCCAUAACUCUGGAGACUCCCAUAACUCUGGAGACUCCCAUAACUCUGGAGACUCCUAUAAAUCUGGAGACUUCCGUAAAUGUUAA